AUGUCUGUGCUUAAGCGGAUGAUGCGGGUCUCCAAUCGCUCGCUCCUCGCCUUCAUCUUCUUCUUCUCCCUGUCCUCGUCUUGCCUCUACUUCAUCUAUGUGGCUCCGGGCAUCGCCAACACAUAUCUCUUUAUGGUACAAGCUCGAGGAAUAAUGUUAAGAGAAAAUGUGAAAACAAUAGGACAUAUGAUCAGACUGUACACAAAUAAAAACACUACACUCAACGGUACAGAUUAUCCUGAGGGCAAUAAUUCAAGUGAUUAUCUUGUUCAAACAACAACAUAUCUUCCGGAAAACUUCACGUAUUCACCAUACCUCCCCUGCCCAGAAAAACUGCCUUACAUGCGGGGAUUCCUCAAUGUCAAUGUAAGUGAAGUCAGUUUUCAUGAAAUUCAUCAGCUCUUCUCCAAGGAUUUAGAUAUUGAGCCAGGAGGUCACUGGAGGCCUAAAGACUGUAAACCCAGGUGGAAGGUGGCAGUCCUCAUUCCUUUCCGCAAUCGCCAUGAACAUCUUCCAAUUUUUUUCUUGCAUCUGAUCCCGAUGCUCCAAAAACAGCGGCUGGAAUUUGCCUUUUACGUCAUUGAACAGACUGGUACACAGCCUUUUAACCGAGCAAUGCUCUUCAACGUGGGCUUCAAAGAGGCCAUGAAAGACAGCAUCUGGGACUGUGUCAUCUUCCACGAUGUGGAUCAUCUACCUGAAAAUGACCGAAACUAUUAUGGAUGUGGAGAAAUGCCACGUCACUUUGCAGCCAAGCUGGAUAAAUACAUGUAUAUUCUUCCUUAUAAGGAGUUUUUUGGUGGUGUAAGUGGACUGACAGUGGAACAGUUCAGAAAGAUCAAUGGUUUUCCUAACGCCUUCUGGGGCUGGGGAGGGGAAGAUGAUGACCUUUGGAAUAGGGUUCACUAUGCUGGAUAUAAUGUAACAAGACCAGAGGGGGACCUGGGAAAAUACAAAUCUAUUCCUCAUCACCAUCGAGGCGAAGUCCAGUUCUUAGGACGGUAUAAAUUACUCAGAUACUCAAAAGAGCGCCAGUACAUCGAUGGGUUGAACAAUUUAGUAUACACGCCAAAAAUACUGGUUGAUAGGUUGUAUACAAAUAUAUCUGUAAACCUCAUGCCAGAGUUAGCUCCAAUCGAAGACUAUUAA